UGCCUCUUUCACCAUCUUUGCUGUGGAGCAUUACCCAGUGUUCAUUGUCCUCUUGUUAUUCAGCCCUGUGUUCCACAGUGAGGGCAAUUGAUGAGGAUAUGUGCAUUGUGUUAUGUCUGAUCACAGUUUGACUAGCACGGUCUGGAAGUGGGCUGUACAGAAUGAGAGAGAGCAGCCUAAUUGCUCUCCCCGCAUCAGCAGCAUCUAUAAAGCAUCCUGGGAAUUGCUCGCCCGACGUUCAGAGCAGCUGGUCACAUGAGCCUGAAUUUUCAGUUCAGUUCAUUAGUCAGCCAUUUUGGUCAACACCCUGCUUACUGCGCACAACCAAUCCUAUUAGAACUCAGCAUCCCGGCUCAUCUGAGCAGAUCCUAGAAGUGAUUUCUGCAGUUCAGGAUUUUUUAAAGCUAAAUUGAAAACACAGGUUUAAUUUUUUGUUCAGGUUUUCUUUUGUGUUUUUUUUUUCCCCUGCACAGAGAAGGAGGAUUUUUUUUUUCCACUUCUUCAUGCCAAGGCCAGUUUUUUAAAGCCAGCUAAAGCAGCAUCGGCUGGGCAGGAUUUCAAGGCUGUUGCUGAGCUGCGGAGAAAAGGGUAGGGAGGGGACGAUCAAAGGACAAGCAGCUGAGAGAAGACAGGCAUCAUCGUAUUUCGCUAUGUGGUAGGAACUGACCAUAAGAAGAGAUAGUACAGAAUUUUCUUGAGCAUUUGGUUCUUAAACCAAAAGGUAUUUUUCCUUGUUUUUUUGCUUUUUGUUUUUUAUAGCCUCCCCCACCCCUUUUCUGGAAAGCUUUGUUUGAGAGCUUUGGGUCGGGGUUUUUUGGUGAGGAGCUCUUAUUUAUUUUUGUGGGGUGUGUGUGUGUGUGUGUGUGUGUGUUGUGGUCCCAGCUGAGUCAUCAUGUCUGCUCUGACACCUCCGACCGAUAUGCCAACCCCCACCACUGACAAGAUCACACAGGCUGCCAUGGAGACCAUCUACCUUUGCAAAUUCCGAGUGUCUAUGGAUGGAGAAUGGCUCUGUCUGCGAGAGCUGGAUGACAUCUCACUUACACCUGACCCAGAGCCUACCCAUGAAGACUCUUGGGAGGAUUUGACAGAUUUGGUGGAGCAAAUGCGCGAUGAUACAGAAGAUCCUAAUUAUCUCAUGGCUAACGAACGCAUGAACCUGAUGAACAUGGCCAAGCUGAGCAUCAAGGGCUUGAUUGAGUCAGCUCUGAACCUGGGGAGGACUCUGGAUUCUGACUAUGCACCCCUUCAGCAGUUCUUUGUGGUGAUGGAGCACUGUCUGAAACAUGGUUUGAAAGCUAAAAAAACUUUUCUUGGACAAAAUAAAUCCUUCUGGGGACCUCUGGAAUUAGUAGAAAAACUUGUUCCAGAAGCUGCAGAGAUAACAGCAAGUGUUAAAGAUCUUCCAGGACUUAAGACACCAGUAGGUAGAGGAAGAGCCUGGCUUCGUUUGGCAUUAAUGCAAAAGAAACUCUCAGAAUAUAUGAAAGCUUUGAUCAAUAAGAAGGAACUUCUCAGUGAAUUCUAUGAACCCAAUGCCCUCAUGAUGGAAGAAGAAGGAGCCAUAAUUGCUGGUUUGUUGGUGGGUCUGAAUGUCAUCGAUGCCAACUUCUGUAUGAAAGGAGAAGAUCUAGACUCUCAGGUUGGAGUUAUAGAUUUUUCAAUGUAUCUCAAGGAUGGGAACAGCAGUAAAGGUAGUGAAGGAGAUGGUCAGAUUACUGCAAUUCUGGACCAGAAGAACUAUGUAGAAGAACUCAACAGACAUUUAAAUGCUACUGUAAACAACCUUCAGGCAAAAGUAGAUGCAUUAGAAAAAUCCAACACCAAACUGACAGAGGAGCUCGCAGUUGCAAACAACAGGAUUAUUACCUUGCAAGAAGAAAUGGAACGAGUCAAAGAGGAAAGCUCCUACAUAUUGGAGUCCAAUCGGAAGGGUCCUAAGCAAGACAGAACUUCAGAAGGGCAAGCACUAAGUGAAGCCAGAAAACAUUUGAAGGAGGAGACACAAUUACGACUGGAUGUUGAAAAGGAACUGGAGCUGCAAAUCAGCAUGAGACAGGAGAUGGAAUUAGCUAUGAAGAUGCUGGAGAAGGAUGUCUGUGAGAAGCAGGAUGCUCUGGUGUCUCUGCGGCAGCAGCUGGAUGACCUCAGGGCUCUCAAGCAUGAACUUGCCUUCAAGCUGCAGAGUUCAGACUUAGGGGUAAAACAGAAAAGUGAACUAAACAGUCGCUUAGAAGAGAAGACUAAUCAGAUGGCUGCUACCAUUAAACAACUUGAGCAAAGUGAAAAGGAUUUGGUGAAACAGGCAAAGACCUUAAAUAGUGCAGCAAAUAAACUGAUUCCAAAACAUCAUUAGGCGUUUUGCAGUUGGUCACCUCAGAAGUCUGUUAUCACAACAGUUGUAAAAGGAAGAAAUCAGAAAGUUAUUAUGUUUAAAUUCUGACCCUAUAGAAAAUAUCACCAAAAGUUGACUUUGAAUUUGUUGGACUUUAAAAAAAUAAUUGGACAUAUAGGUUGAAUUUUUUUUUAUUUUCUGCCCAGAGUUAGAAAAUUUGGUAUAGGUUCCUAAUUAAAUGCCAAAUAAAACUUUGAGAAAUUAAUUACGAGUUGACCAAUAAAUAAAACACCAUUAAAACAGAAGCCUAGGGAAUUGGAGUGCUGUGCAUAUAUUAAGGAUGCCUUUACAGCCCAGUCCUUGAUAAUGUCAGAUUCUUGGUGCAUUGUUCGUGUGUGUGUCUGCAAGCCUGUUCUGCCAUUGCCGUGUAAUGAACUAGAGGUGACUAGCGUGUGAACCUGGACUCUUCCAAAGUAGUUCUGUGUCUGUUACGCCAUGGCCCCUUUUCAAUUUUGUUGUAUAGAUUUCGUCCCCAGGCCCAGGGAUAAGAACUAAAGUAUUUCCCUACAGUUCUACUCUCAAUAACCAAGAUUGCUUGCAGUUUUUUUGCCUUAGUGACUUUGGGUGAAAAAAAGAAAAAAGAAAAAAAAAGCAUCCUUAGAUUUCUUUAAAGUACAUAGAGAUACAGUUAGGAAUUAGGUAACUUAUGAUAACAUAACGUGGAAGCUUGGGAAAACCCUCCUAAUAUUUGCCAUCUUCUACCUCUGCCAUUUUGUUGCAAUUCCACUUUCUAUUUAGAUAACUCAGAGAGAAAAAUGUUAAUGAAAAUGUUCUCUCCUGUAAAAAAAUUGUAAGCACUACACAUUUUUCAAAACUGUCCUGCUUUUCUUACUAGAGUGAAAAGACGUAGGCAUAAGUGAUUAUUUUCUUCCUGCCAUUCCUUUCCCAGCAAUGUUUUACUUACGAGUUUUUGUGCAGAUGGGGAUUUGUUAAAGGUUCUGGGAAACUAAUAAUUUAAUUAUUAAAAAUAUUUCAGAAAAGGAAAUAGAUAAAUGAUAAACUUAUAUUCUUUGUUAGUAACAAAUAAAUAUUCCCAGUAGAUAUCCACAAGCAAUAUUAGCAGGGCUUUUUUUCUAAGUGAUCACAGAUCUAACCCUUUUAGCUCUUACGUUGUAAAUAACCCUAUAAGUACUUUGAUUUUUUUUUUUCUUCUAAUGGCUUUUGAUUUGGAGUACAGGCUUCACAUAAGCCUUCAUUCCUUCAAAAGAUCUUGGCAUAGUAUUCUGGGUUCUUUUUUCCCUUUUGUUCCCUAUUCUGAUACACUUUGCGGCAUUUCAGCUGCUUAGGUGAAGACAAAGACAACCCCUUUGUUUCCAGCUUUUCAAAUUCCUUAGCUUCUUCUUGGCAAAACCAUGAUUAAAGGAGUGCGGUAGAUUCCCUGGGUGCAUUUGUAGGUUCUUGCACAGAUUUGAAUCAAAAUCAAGUCAAAGAACAUAUGUUUAGAUCAGCUUCCUGGAAGAUCCUGUGCUCUUGAACUUAUUUUAGUUCUUAUAAUUUUGCACCUUUAUAAAUGCAGCUCCCACUUUGUUCUCAUCUUCAGCAACCUUUUGUGAUAGCCUUUUUAAUAAGCAUUUGGAAGGAAUGAUCAAACUCCAAAAUAAAACUACUUAAAGACUGCACAUAGCAUGCUUCUAAAUACUAUUAUAUAAAGCCCCCAAUUUUUUACCUUGUAAAACAUAAUUCUUCAUAGGUGCAAAUUUAUAAAGAUUCUUAGGAGAAAAUGUCCGUCAGAAUCUUCUCAAGAACAUGGUCAUGAGUCUUACUCAGGCCCAGUGCCGAGGCCGUUAGUCACACACCACUAGGCAGGAAUGAAAUAGGAGAGGGAACCAAAUUUUGACAAAGGCUUUUACUAUACAGUAACCCGGAGCCUGGAGAAGGGUUGAUGUAGAAUGUCCCAUGAGCUAAUAAUGUACAUGGUCUGGGGAAAGGACCAGAAAAAUUAAUGUUACAGUUCCACAUAUAAGGUAGUUGCCCAUUUGCAAGUUCCAGUUAUGUGUGUAAAACAGAAAUAUAAAGUACCAGAUCUAUUAGGAAAUAAGAACAAACAAGCAAGUGGAUUUAACUAAAUUGCUGUGUAUUUGAGGUUGGCUUUGGAUAUGAAUUUUCUAAAAAGUGUUGUUUUAAUGUUUAUCAUCUAAUGGCUGUAAACUGUAGUAUUAGAAUAAAAAAAGUGCAAAAUCA